CGCUAUACAACCCCCAUUACCUUCUCGUCUUCUAGUGCCCGCAAACCUUCCUGGUUAACUGAUUUUGCUUCAGACUUCGGCUGGAUUGGCAACUCAUCAUGUCUACGAUCCCCAUUCGCGCAUCUCCCUCCCCAGCAUGGGCGAACGGAUGAAUUGUGGGUUCCUUUAUGUCAUCAUGGCAUCAUCAUCAUCAUCAUUAUCAUCCUUUCUCCUGCCAGCAAUAUCAUCAUCAUCAUCACCGGCUUCUCCUCCGAUCGCCCAAGAAUUUCUGCUGGCCAAACUCAGAAACCCUUCCAUAUCCCUUAUUCUCCCUCCCCGAAAAACCAACCCCUUCUCGAAUCUUCCCAGAUAAACCAUUUCUCCCACUACCUGUUCCUGAUAAACCGGCCGUCGUGCCCCCAUGUCCACGCGCAGAAAGAAACCCGAGACUGCCCCAGCCAGGGCCGAUCGCGCCCAACAACCCGCCGCCGAGUAUGCUAUUAGCUCGGGUAACUACCAUGAGGACCUACUGCAUGAUCUCUUCCACGUCGUCCGAUCCAUCGACCCCGAUUACACUCCGACCCUCGUCGACAUGAUCCGCAAUCAUGCCUCGCUGGACGAGGUGCGGGCCUACCUCACUCGCGCCCUGGCCGCUGCCCAGCCCUCUAUCCCAGAUCAGGAGAACGCCUUGCACCGCCUGGAAGGCCUGCGUCGCGGUAUUGAGGUCGAGAGUGAACCCCCGCGCUUUCGCCCUCAGAUCAUGGACAUCCGGUAUUUGUGCAGUAAUGCUCCUUAUCGCGUCCCUGCCAAACCCUGGACUUCCGUCACCGACGACGAUGACCUCGUCUCCCACUUAGUCUCCCUCUACCUAAUCUGGGACUAUCCCUUUUUCGCCUUCUUCGACAGCGGAACCUUUGUUAAGCACAUGGCCAUGGGCAACACCGAAUCCGACUUUUGCAGCCCCUUCUUAGUCAAUGCCCUAUUGGCCAAUGCUUGCUACUACUCGCAAUACACCGAAGCCUACACUGUCCCCGGUGAUGUCCGCACCAAAGGAGCCGAUUUUCUGGCAGAAGCAGAACGCCAUCUACAAUCGCAUCAGUUUGAGAAGGGAGGCGACAUUCGUCUGGCAUCUUUGCAGGCGCAUCUAUUGCUGUAUGAGAGGUACUCCUUGUCGGGCCACAAUGACUGGGGAUACACUAUGCUGCAUCGCGCCAUUGAGAUGGGAGAGUCGCUAGGUAUCGUCAAUAAGAAGACCGAUUUACGCCUCUCCGUAUCCCAAAUGUCCGAGGAUAUGAUCGUCUCCAUUAAGCGCACCGCCUGGGGCCUGUUCCAGGUAGACACUGUCGUCCAUACAAACUUCCUCCGGCCCAGCCGCGUGCGCUCCGUAAGUGUCGAGCGCAUUGACCGAAAUAGCAUGAACACGAGCGAUAUGUGGGCACCGUACCCAAUAUCUCAAAAAUUCCGCCCGUCGUACCUAAACCUAUAUUUUGAUGAAGCAUGCAAGCUCUCCUUCAUUGCCCGCGACAUUUCCUGGAGUCUUUCUCGCACCGAUCGGUCGGGCACCGAGCCAGAUCAGCGCAAGCAAGAACUCUACGACCGGCUCAGUGCAUGGGAAAGCAAUCUUCCCGAGUGCUUCGAUCCGGCCACGCGACCGGCACCACAUCUACUGCUGCUCAGAAUGCGCUACCAUACACUAGUAAUAAAUCUCUGCUGCGAUCGCUUCGGAUUCCACCCCAUACUCUCCGAGGGUGACGAGCGUACGCCCCGAGAAAGUAAAGGGUUCAGCGCUGUGGAAAUCGCCCUGUCAUCAGCGCGAACUAUCGCCGCGCUCACCCAGCAGCUACGGGUGGAAUAUGGGAUGGAACAUGCCCACCAGUUCGCCAUGUAUUCGGUCAACCUGGCGCUGUUCACCCUCCUCGGUCAGGACACCUUUGAUAUCCUCGACCGCGACUUCCUCACCCUGACCAGCGCCAUGUCAAUCAUUGCCUGCCGCUCCCAACUGGGACGCCACCUCUUCCACCUCUUCAAGCUCUCGGUGCGGUCCCGCAACCAGGGCGAUCGGGUGCAGCAGUCGGAUGAGGUGCCACCCGGGAUCAAGGAGCUGUUCAAGCCAGACUCGAAGGCACAGGUUCCCGACCGGUGGGAUAAAUACGCCGAGGGGUUAACCAAGAUCGACGGCGAACAGAGUUACGUGGACCACUUCCAGGAUGAUCCCCAAUCGUUAGCUACCUCUGGGCUGCACGAGAUGUUGCAGCGAUACGAGCGGUUAAGUGUGGGCAAGGAAGACGAGUGGCGUGACCGUCGGCCAAAGGGAGUGACGCAUUUUUGAACUCCCUCUUUGGCAGGAAUAUAGAUUAGACCAUGUCCCAUUGUGGUCAUGAAACUCAGAUACAUCCCUGAGCCUGUACAUAUCCAUGAUUCGAUUCCAUCUGUAGACGAUACACGAAGUUACCAUUUC